AAUGCCCGAUCAGAAGCCUGCUCCCAAGAAGGGCGCUAAGAAAGCGCUGCCGAAACCAUCAGGCAAGACUGGCAAGAAGCGCAGGAGGCUGAGGAAGGAGAGUUACUCCAUCUAUAUCUACAAAGUGAUGAAGCAGGUUCACCCCGAUACCGGCAUCUCCUCCAAGGCCAUGAGCAUCAUGAACUCGUUCGUGAAUGAUAUUUUCGAGCGCAUCGCUGGCGAGGCUUCCCGCUUAGCCCAUUACAACAAGCGAUCCACCAUCAGCUCUCGGGAGAUCCAGACCGCAGUGCGCCUGCUGCUGCCCGGGGAGCUGGCCAAGCACGCCGUGUCGGAGGGGACAAAGGCGGUGACCAAGUACACCAGCUCCAAGUGAAGAGUGCUGCCAAAACAAACCGAAAACCCAAAGGCUCUUUUAAGAGCCACUCACUAUUUCGUUAACAGAGCUGCAAUUUUUUCGUCAUAUUCUUUUAAUUCAAUUUCAAUGCCAGGCGGUAUUUUCACCAAUAUAUUUUUCAAAAUUGCAGGCUAAACUCCAGCCGUAGUUUGCGAAGAGCAACUCGUAACAUCAUGCAGUUUACUCAAUGACCGGGAACAGCAACUGAAAAACGAUUUUGUUCUCUCAGAGUGGACAUAUCGUUAAAUGAAAUACCCAAACACUUAUGCAAUAUUAGCUACGCAAACAUUAGAUGUGGCGGACUUUAUUAAUGGGUUAAUGCGGGGAAUUAUUCCACAAGCAGAUCAGUAAUGAUUAUUUUAGAUUCGGUUUGAAGAAAGGAUUUUUGGCGGGCUGUUUUCAUGUUUCAGUUUAUUUUCGGCGGGGUAUACAAAGAAGCCGAGGGCCGGAAGAAUUUUCUCAUUCUCUGAGUAUUGCUGAGCUUGUUCAAAAGAGUGGACAGAGUAAAACCAGCAGGAAAGCUCGUCCCCGGCCCAUUUCCUCUUGAGAAAGGGCAACUAUGCUGAGUGAGUGGGUGACGGAGCCUCGGUCUUUCUGGGCUCUGUGUUCCAGUAUCUGACGGCUGAAAUUCUUGAACUGGCUGGCAACGCGGCUAGGGACAACAAGAAGGCCCUCAUCAUAUGGAGAGGUGACGAUCACCCGGUAACGAGGCCGCACCAAGAAAAACGGCGGAGCCAGUAAGUGAAGAGGCAGAAUAUGAAACCCAGCUACCCAAAGGCUCUUUUUAGAGCCACUCACAGUGUCUGCAAUAUUUUGCCGUCUGUGAGCAUUUGGAGAGCAUGAUUAAUUGUAUAUUUUCCUGGCAAAAAUGUAUUUACUCUCAUAAUCUCCUUUCAUUACCCCAUCCCAACUUCUGUACCCAAUGUUUUUAUUUAUGAAGGCCAAUGUGCUUAGAACUCUCUCUGUGGGCUCGCUACCUGCGACUCCACAUUCACGCAAUAAUUCCCAAAUCACACUGCAAGCUUCAAUAGCUUCCUCAUUGUCCACUACAUCCCCAAUCUUGCUGCUAUCAGCAAAUUUGUUGUUCGGUGUUAAAAUAUUAUCAUCCAGACAAUAUUUGAUGUAGAUGGCAAACAUUCACUGACCCAGCCAUGAUCCAUGCUGAAGAGGGGAGAUAAUUUAGGUGUAGUAAAUAAUCAGGGGUUGAGAUCGGGUAGGUUGCAGAGAACUUUCCCCCAUAUCAGAAGUAGAUAGACCUGCAGGACAUGGUGGGGGGGGGGUGUAAAUUGAGGGUGAGUAACUGGAACACUCUACCAGAGAAAGUGGUGAAAGCAGAGUGCCUAAUGGUAUUUUAGAAAUGUCUUGUCAAUCACUUCAAUUACCCAGGUUACAGGACAAGUGCUGGUAGAAGGGAUAAAUAUGGAUGUAUUCCAACUGAUUGGUAUUGAUGUAAUGGGCUCAUUCAAAAAGUUGUGCUGUUUAAAUAUGUCUUUCUCAAGAAACUUGCCCAGGAAGGGAAGUUUUGAUCUAUGCCUGUAGUUAGUAAGUAGGGGUUUUACAGCCACAGAUUUGAAGACACCUGGAAAAAUUCCUGUUUAAGGAAAGUGUUAAUAAUUUUCCUAGCAGCUAUUAAGAGGAUCGGGCAACCAUAAAAGGCCUCCUUUAUUCCUACUCUGCUCAUUGCCUAUCAACCAAUCUUCUUCACAUGCUUGCAACACACACAAAAUGCUGGAGGAACUCAGCAGGCCAGACAGGGAAGAGUAAACACUGAGGGAAAAGCUUGUUUUUCCGGCUUUGCGAUAUAGGUUUUUGAUUAGUCAGGGAGACAAAAGGUCACAGAGAGAAUGCUGAAAAACGUGAUUGACAGGGAUAUUAACUCCGAUAUGAUGGAAUGACAGAGCAAAAUCGAUGGACCGAAUGACCUAUUUCUGUUCUUAUUGUCUAAAUCUAUUCUGAAUCCUCUCCAAAGUCUUCAAUUAUUUCCUAUAAUGCAACAACCAGACUAGAUGUAGUUUUCCAGAGGAGGCUGAACUGGACUUUUAUACUCUAAUCCUCUUUGGCUUCAAGGUUUAUGGACUCAAUUUCAUUCUGAAUGGUGAUAUUUGCUUUAUUGUUUUCACAAAUUGAUUUGUUUUGUUUAUCUCUCUGUAGAUUGGGUGUUGAUCUUUUUUAAUAUUGGAUACUGUGGUUGCCUGUAAGCAGACAAACCCCAAGAUUGAAUAAUUUAUGCAUACCUUGAUAGUAAAAUGUGCUUCGAACUUUAAGCUUUGAAAAGGCUGAACUAGAUUUUUGAACAGCACGCCAGAGGAGGCCCAACUAGAGUUUUAUACGACUCCAGAAGAGGUCUAGACUCCACUCCAGAGACGGCCAAACUAAUUUUUUAUUAGUAUAACACUACCCAGGAGGACAUGCUGUCUUCUCAGUCAGUGAUCAAGACAGGAAUGGUUAUUUUGCCCGCCAGAAAAUGAAUUG